GAAGAGGAAAGGAGGCGCGACGCGGCGGGUCACGUGGGGGCGCCCUGCGGACGCCGUGCCCCGCGUCACGUGCAGGGGCCCAGCCUAUCGGGGCUCCCCUCUGCCUCCCCUCGCUCCUCUUCCGAGCCGUCCUGCCUGAGGGAGAAGGAGGAGCGGGCGGUGCGCGAGCCUGCCGCGGAGAAGGGAAGCGGAGAAGGGAAGCGGCGGCGGCGGCAGUGCGAGCGGCCGGGGGUCGCCAGGGGGCGGGCGGCGCGAGGAGGGUGUGGCGGCCGAGGCGCAGCGACGGUGCCGGCUGGGUCGGGAAGAUGGCGGCGGCGGCGGCAGCGGCGACGGCGGCGCCGCCUGUGAACCUGCGGCUGGGAGACUUGGUGUGGGGGAAGCUGGGCCGAUAUCCUCCUUGGCCAGGAAAGAUUGUUAACCCACCUAAGGACCUGAAGAAACCACGUGGGAAGAAGUGCUUCUUCGUGAAGUUUUUCGGAACUGAAGACCAUGCUUGGAUUAAAGUAGAGCAGCUGAAGCCUUACCAUGCCCACAAAGAAGAAAUGAUCAAAAUUAACAAAGGCAAGAGGUUCCAACAAGCUGUGGAUGCUGUGGAAGAAUUCCUCAAGAAAGGCAAAGGCAAAGACCAGGCGUCUUCUCAUAACUCCACUGAAGAGAAGAACCGGCGGAAUUCCAGUGAAGAGAGGGGGAAGCAGUCAGUGGGAGAGGAGAAACACAAAGCUGGGUUGUCAGAAGGGAAACCGAAAAAGCGAGCAUCUUCUGUUUCCUCUGAGCGAGGAUCGAAAUCCCCUCUGAAGAGAAUGUACAAGCAAAGCCCCCGGAAGCGAGGGCGCCCUCCCAAAGACGAGAAGGACCUGACAAUUCCUGAGUCAAGCACAGUGAAGAGAAUGAUGACUGGCACCGUGGCUGGCUUUAAGUGGCCACAGAGUGUAAGCGAGCCUGUGAAAGAUGGCGACCCUCAUUUCCAUCACUUCCUGCUUAGCCAAACUGAAAAGCCAACAGUUUGCUAUCAGGCCAUCACAAAGAAGCUGAAGGUGUGUGAAGAGGAAACUGGGUCCACUUCUAUCCAGGCAGCAGAUAGCACAGCUAUCAAUGGCAGCAUCACUCCUACAGACAAGAAGAUAGGAUUCCUUGGUCUUGGCCUGAUGGGCAGUGGGAUUGUUUCCAACUUAAUAAAAAUGGGUCACACUGUUACGGUCUGGAAUCGGACUGCUGAGAAGUGUGAUUUGUUCAUCCAGGAGGGGGCACGAUUGGGAAGAACCCCCGCUGAAGUGGUCUCGACCUGCGAUAUCACUUUUGCCUGCGUAUCUGAUCCAAAGGCAGCCAAGGAUGUGCUUGGGCCCAGCGGAGUGCUCCAGGGCAUCCGUCCAGGGAAGUGCUACGUGGACAUGUCCACUGUGGACGCAGACACUGUUACAGAAUUGGCUCAGGUGAUUGUCUCCAGAGGUGGUCGCUUCCUGGAAGCCCCAGUCUCAGGGAACCAACAGCUAUCCAAUGAUGGGAUGCUGGUGAUACUAGCGGCUGGAGACAGAGGCUUAUAUGAGGACUGCAGUAGCUGUUUUCAAGCAAUGGGGAAAACUUCUUUUUUCCUAGGAGAAGUAGGCAAUGCUGCCAAGAUGAUGCUGAUCGUGAACAUGGUCCAAGGAAGCUUCAUGGCCACAAUAGCAGAAGGACUGACUUUGGCUCAAGUCACUGGCCAGUCCCAGCAGACCCUUCUGGACAUCCUCAAUCAGGGACAGCUUGCCAGUAUCUUCCUGGAUCAGAAGUGCCAAAAUAUCCUGCAAGGAAACUUCAAACCUGAUUUCUACCUGAAAUACAUCCAGAAGGAUCUCAGAUUAGCCAUUGCACUAGGCGACUCUGUUAAUCAUCCAACUCCCAUGGCAGCUGCAGCCAAUGAGGUCUACAAACGGGCAAAAGCAUUGGACCAGUCUGACAAUGACAUGUCUGCUGUGUACAGGGCCUACAUCCACUAGGCUACCCUCUUCUAAUUGUUAAUACUAUGAUUAAUUAUGAUGAUGAAUACUGGGUUUUAACUCUGGACCAGUCCAUCUUUGUCUCUCUCCUCUCCUCUUCCCUCACUCCCGCCCCCCAUUUUUUUCUUUUUCCUUUUUAAUACAAAAACUCUUUUGAGAUCUGCCACAAGGACAGUUGCUACAGUAUGCCUUCCUGUGCCAGCUGCAGCAGCAGCAGAAGAGGUUGGAUCCUGGCCAUCUUGACAACAGAACUGUACCACCCAUCGGGAGUCAUAGAAUGGAACGUGUGGCAGGCGACAUUGGCCCCCCAGUAAUGCUGCUUGGCUUUAAUCCUGGUUCUCAUUUGUGUGUGUGUGUCCCUGAGCAUUUUUGUUUGUUUCCAGCUGCUGCUCCACUUAUUUGCCGUGGGUAAUGUAUAUUCUGGGCUCUUGCACAGUGAGGACAGCUGAGAGAUGGGUAUCCCUUUACCGGUGUGCUUUAAUUGGGAUGGGAAUCUGGCACUUGUAUUCUUUUUCCUUGGAGAAAACGAUCAGAUCAAAAGGUGCUAGGGAUAAAUUAAUAUACUACAUGGCAAUAGUUCCCCAAUAGAAGAAAAGGUGAUUUACACCUUCCCCAUGGAAACAGCUGUGUGAGUUAGAGAACUUGUCUUCUGUUACUUAAUUCCAACUCUGAUGUUUCAGUAUGAGCCUCUGACAUGCAGGCUGCCUGCGCAGACUCCUAAUUCCCAAAUGGCUUAUCCAUUCUGAACACAUCUGUGAAACCAUUUUACCUGCCUGUGAUUUGCAGAAUGGGUUUGUGUGGGCUUUUUUUUUUUUUUUGAAGGAAGGAAGAACUUGGAAGUCUUCCUUCAGGUUCAUCUUGGAGAAUCUGCCUGCUGGAUGUUUGCUCGUAAUAUUUGCAAGGAUGAUUUGGUUUUGACCAGUGUUGCCAAAUAUCCAGAGAAAAAGAUAAUUUGAUCUAAAGAAUUUGACUUCCACGUUUUCCUUUCUGAAAAACCGAAGAUAUGCCAAGGCAUAUCAUUGACUUGAAAUAAUCCUGCUUGCAAGCAGUAUAAUGAAAGAUCCAGCAAGCUGUGAACUGAUAUAGCCUAAUUCUUUGAAGUAACAAGGUAGUCUAGGAUGCAGGUAGUGCAUAACCAUAUCCCUUCAAAAUUGGGAUGCAUUUUCAGUCUCUAAGUCAGUAUUAAUCUUGAGAGAAAGCCCUUUGCCCAGGCUUGGAACGCAAAUAUCAAAGAGGGUUGGAAACGCUUCUGUUAUUCACACAGAGGCUUUCACAUUUGCAAAAACAGCCUCUAACUCGUGAAUUCAGCACACAGGUGCCCAGCCUGCAUAAUUGUGCAUUUCAGAUGGGUGAGGAACCUCUCUUGCCAGUCAUGCCUAACUGGUAGGUAAACAUUCGCAGCGCAAAUGUGAAAUCCAACUCUUGAACCUCGGGUUGAUCGCCAAGUAGCGUGGAUACGCUGGCCCAUUCUGAGCGCAGGCAGAAGGCUCAGGUUUUUGGUUGAUGUGUUAAAAGUGAGCAUCUGUGUACACCAGCCUGCCCUGCUCUUGCUACAGCACAUACUCCUUAGGCAGAUUUUUUUUCUUCUGUGGUAUAGACAAUCCACCCGAAAAAGGACACCAGUUUUUGUCCCUGCCUGUAUGUUUCAGAGCCAUCCGACUGAAUCUUGUUAAUGGGAACUAACUCUUGUCUGGAUAGGCGAAGCUUUUAAGGACAACCAGUCUCUCUCAGAGAGAGCGCAGAUGGAUCUGGGGGAGAUGAUCUCACUUGAGAUGGUUGUUAAGGCAGUAAAUUUUACAGCAGGAAGCUGCUCUCAGUGAGACGUUCUAAAGAUUGCCAGGGAAAGGGGGAGGGAGAAUCUUGGGAACUUAAGCAGGAACAGAAAUAGUUCCCAGAAUAUUGUAUUUUGUCUCCAAGCAAAAAAUCCAAACAGAACCAGGAACUGCGAUUACAGCAUAAGAGAACUGCAGUGUCUUCCAUUCAGUCUCUCCAUCUUGUGAUUUCUCUGUCAGGGAGAAGAAAGAUCCCCUGAAGGAAUCUGCAUCAUUGCUGAUACCCCAAGGGGGACAACAGUCCCGAGAUGUGAGCAGGGGGGGGGGGGUGGAACUGCUGGCCCCUCUCAGGUGCCUUUUUAGAAGGACACCUGUGUUUUCUUUUGUUUGCAGCCAAACAAUAGUUUGUGCAAGAUGGGUUUGUGGCAUCCGAUUUUAUGGGUCAGAAGCGUCCGUUGAUCUACAGGUUUUAUAUUGCAAUAUAUUUGCUGGUUUUAAGGUGCCAUGGGACUCCUGCGUUUUUGCUACUUAGCCUUUCUGCUCCGAGAGCCAGCUUUGAUCAAAUACUUGGCCGGGGUGUCCUUAAAUUCAAACUGGCACAGGAGGGGAAGUGUUUGUUACAAGAGAAUAUGAUGGAACUGGCUUAGUCAUUGUUGUCUUAAUAUUGUUGACAAUACUGUAAAGUUUCUUUUUUAAUGGGAUUUCUGUUUUAGCAGUUGCUUUUUUUUUUUGUUCCCUUCUUUUUAAAGAUAAAAGAUGUUACGCUUGUGGAGAGCUUGUAAGAAAAAGCCGUUUCUUUUAAUUCCUUCUCCUUUGUUGAACCAUCUAUAGGUAAUUAAGGUUGUGAAUUUUUUAUUUUUGCCUUGUUUUUAAUUAAUGUUUUGUCAUUCAGAUAGGAUGUGCGGUGAUGAUUAAAUGGCAAACACAGACAAAAUGAUUUUUUUUUUCUUGUGCAAUUAACAAAGCUACUGGCAAAAGGAAAUAAAACCUUUCUUGGUAACACAAUGCUA